AGCCAUUGGCAGCCAUGCCCAUUUAGCAAGAAACUUUGCGCAGAGCAUCGUAAGAUAUUAUUUAAGUGUUUACUGAAAGUAAAGCACGGUGCCCACGGUGGGUUUGUUUACGUAUUGUGAGUGUAGAGUAUGUGAUUAAUGGCAAAAUUAGGUGUUGCGUAUGGGCUUUGCCCACUGAUUGACGAAAGUAGUUUACUUGGUGUAACAGACGAUUCCCAGCCCGGUACUGUGCUUGUGACACUUGGGAGAAAUAUCGUUAUAAGAUAUAAGUUGCAAGAUCAGAAGCAGAUUGGUAGCUGGAGCACAAAAAGCAGACUGACAUCACCUGUAAUAUACGACAAAGCAAACAAACAGUAUGUGGGUGUGUUUCACUAUAACCAAAUCCGGACAUGGGCAGAGAAUGAUGACAGGUUGGAUAAAGCAAAUAAAAUAAAGUUUCAGGAACCCAUAAACUGCAUUUUGUCAUCUUCUGAAGAAAAACCUCCCAUUGUUCUUUUCAAAAAUGGUCGUGUGUUACCAUUAGAUGCUGUUUUGCAAAAAAGGAAAGAAGACACCCAAAAGCCAGUUUUGGCAUCAGAUGAAGAAAUUGAAGAUUCCUAUAUUAUAUCCUCUGAAGGAAGAAAUUACGUCACUUUUUUAGCACGUAACUCAAAGAAUGGUGUAUUUUUGUAUGUGAUACCUGUUGUUGGAUCCAGGAAUGAAAUACAAAAAGUAAACUUAAAUAGGGAUGAACCUGACGUAACCUUAAAAGGCUUUACAGUUGUCCAGGAUUCAUCUUCCUGCCACAUUUUCACUUUAUGGAGUGAUGGCAAACUAUUCUCACUGAACGUCUUCCAUACCUCAGACAUAAAGUCUCCCGGAAAUUUUAUGCAAGCAGUCUCAUGUGUCAACACCAAGAAUCCAGUUGUGCUGAAGGCACUGAGUAGCACAUAUUUAAUGUUGUAUGGUGCAGAUCCUAGUGAAGAAGGUGCCUUUAUGCUGGUGCUGAAUUUGCAGUUCCGACUGGUAAAAUCAAGACUGCACUUCAAACUCUUCAGCCCGCGGCCCCAGGUGUGGCGUGUGCAGUCGGCACUGCUUCUCCCUGUUGGCCUUAGCCUGGUGGUAGUGCCAUUUCACAUAGGUGAUGAACGCCUUGCUGCCCUACUAGGCACUUCACGGCCUCUUCUUUCUGAAGCUGGAUUGCGGCCAGCUAUUGUGGCUGACUGGGGCACUACCAGUGAUACUGGCUCCAGUGUGGGUUCAGCACAGAAUAUCUUCUCCACGGCACCGAAUCACAUUCGUGAAAGGCUGGAAGGUGUUGCAUCAGAUGGCUGGCCACAGGCACUAAUAUUUUGUGAAAUUCUGCCUCAUCUGAUACAGAAGAAAGAUGUUAAAAGCCUAGAAUGGUGCUUAAGACACCUCACAGACUUACCAGAAGAUGGCCUUGUGCAAGUAUUAUCAUUCUGCCUGUCAGCGAAUGAUACAGUUUUUGAUUCUGGUGUGCCAGCUGUUGAUGGGGACACGUCAUUUUUAAUGAAUGGUGUUCUGGAUGACGAUGCAGACAUUGGAAUCAACAAAAUUAUGAAGAUAAAGCCGUUAAGUCCUCCUGGUAGGGCACAUCUCUUGCAAUUAGCUCUGAAUGCUCAUGUGAGUGAUGCAAAACUGACAGCACAUCUGCGCACACUUCCACUGGAUGAGGUGCUACUCUUGCUACGUCAUUUAGUUUACCAGCUGCAGCAAGACGUGACUGAUGUUCGGCUGCUGAACUGGUCGUGCACAGUGCUUGAUGCCCACUAUCAGCAGCUGCUGCUCAGCAGAGACAACCAGGUUGCCCAGUUACUUGCCGCCUUCCAUCAGAUUGUCAUUGGAAAUUUGAGCUGCAUGAAGGAUCUUGAGACAUCAGCAGCAAUUCUCCAUAGGCUGAAAGCAGGAAAACCAUUGAAAAAGCGACAGUGUAGUAACAAAGUGUAUUCAAUUGAAACACUUCGCUUGUAUUAAUGUAUCGUAGUUGAAAAUAAAUGUUAAAAUUGACUGUGUUUGUGUGAUUAAAAAACCUUAGAAGUUCAA